CGCGCCUCAGAGAGAGAACAGGGAGAGUUCAGAGAGCAGAUUCAUCACCGUGAGAUGCGAACAUCAGCUCUGUUUUCUUUCGACAGCCGGGAAGAAAACGAGGUGAUGUGUCUUGUCUGUUUGAGCAUGCACAGCUUCGGGGCUUUUCCCAAUCAACAGAAAACUAACACACACCUUUGUCUGUUGCAGGACAUUAGGUGUGUGAGCAUUGAAUUGGCACAAAACAGUGCUGCAUCACUGAGGAUUCAUCAGGAGCGAUCAGGAUGCUGUCGGUUGUGGUCUGUCUGCAGCUGUUACUGGCUUCUGUUUUUAUGCAACCCACUGGUGAUUUCUGGGAUGAGUGGGGUCCGUACGGUGAAUGCAGUCGCAGCUGUGGCGGUGGGGUUACCCUGAGGACCAGGCGAUGUGUAACCCAGCGGACUGAUGGUGGUCACAGCUGUGUGGGUCCAGAUAAGUCCCAUCGCUCAUGUAAUAUCCAGGACUGUCCGGAGGGUUCCAGGGAUUUCAGAGAAGAACAGUGCUCUCAAUUCGAUGGCACUGAUUUUCAAGGAAAGCACUACAAAUGGCUGCCAUAUUAUGGUGGAGAGAAUCCCUGUGAGUUGAACUGCAUUCCCAGAGGAGAGAAUUUCUACUUUCGCCACAAGUCUGCGGUGGUGGACGGCACACCCUGCCACCCUGGAGGAAAGGACAUCUGUGUGAACGGGCUCUGUAAGCGUCUCGGCUGUGAUAACAUGCUGGAGUCGGCCCAGGAGGAGGACCCCUGUCUACAGUGUGGAGGAAAUGGACAGUCAUGCAGUCUAGUCAAAAACAAUUUCUCAAUGCGCAACCUGCCCAAAGGUUACAAUCAAAUGUUCAUCAUCCCUGUUGGAGCUACCUCUAUUAGCAUCAAGGAAACUGUACCAACACGCAAUUACCUUGCAAUCAAGAACCUGCGUGGUGAGUACUACCUCAAUGGACACUGGGUGAUCGAUUUCUCUCGUGCCGCGCACAUUGCCAGCACCGUGCUGUAUUACCAGAGGGGAACAGAAGGGGAAAAGACCCCCGAGAUAAUCACUGGCCGUGGCCCUACGACUGAGCCUCUGGUGAUAGAGCUAAUCUCUCAAGAGGCCAAUGAGGGCGUGGAGUAUGAGUAUUAUCUGCCUAACGGACGCUUGACCGAGGGCUACUACUGGAGCUAUGGCUCCUGGUCCGCCUGCAGCAAAGAGUGUGGCUCAGGUUAUCAGUCUCGUCUGGUCUUCUGCACCAUUGAUAAUGAAGCCUACUCUGAUUACCUGUGUGCCUCCCUCCCUCGACCCCUCAGUAACCGCACAUGCAAUGAGCAGCAGUGCCCACAAACCCACAGGAUGGCGUAUGUGUACGAGCCGCGUUUGUGGAGGCCCAUGGAACCACCACGAGUCUAUGUACAAGUGUACAGCUGGACGACUGGCGAGUGGAACCCGUGUCCGGUGACGUGUGGCGGGGGCCUUCAGGUGAGGAGAGUGGAGUGUAUGUCUCACGACUCCGCAGGAUCACGAGUGGUUGAGGACUCCCAGUGUGCUGCUUACACUCCCAGACCUCUCAGCCAACAGAACUGUAACAUGCAGAAAUGCGCUCAAUACAGCGUUUCCAGCUGGAGUCAGUGUUCUGUGACGUGCGGCUCUGGGAAACAGAUGCGGGAUGUGGUGUGUGUGGGAUCAGACAGAGCUUCUCUGGAAGACUAUGCAUGUGGGACUCAACCAAAGCCACCCAAGACACAGGCCUGUGAGAUGCCCGUCUGCAGGAGCCCCAUUGGCUGGCAUAUAGGAGACUGGGGCCUGUGCUCUAAGAGCUGUGGCUCGGGGCUGCGGGAACGGCAGGUGAUCUGUUCAGACAGACAGAGGAACCUGUACAGGGUAGAGGAGUGCCAGGCCAAACCCAAACCUCCUACCGUUGAGAGAUGCAACGCCCAGCCUUGUUACAGGCCUCAGGAGGUUCCCAGCAUGCAGGACCCGACGGGUCACGAUAACACCGUUCAGGGCUUCCUGCCGUACGUCCUUGAGGAUCCUUCACUAGAAACUCCUCAAAACAAUGCAGUCCACAAUCCUCAUGGCACAGCUCUCACUCCUCACUGUAGCCAGACUCACUAUGGCUGCUGUCCUGAUGGAAGUACACCAGCCAGUGGACCACAGCACCAAGGCUGUCCCCAGGACCAAAGUCUAGCAUCCUGCACAUGGAGCAGGUACGGCUGUUGUCAUGAUGGUGUGACCAUAGCCCAAGGCCCCAACAAGGAGGGCUGUCCAGAUUCCUGGCCUAACUGGUCUCCAGCAUCAGAUACCAUACCAUCUGAACCCACAGACUGCCAAACAUCCACCUAUGGUUGCUGUUAUGAUGGUGUGACGGCAGCUGGUGGUACUCAUGGGGAGGGGUGCUCGAACCCCCACAGCAAUACACAGCGUUCUCUGUCUUGUGACCUACCCCAUACGGUCGGGCCAUGCGAUCAGUGGACGUCCCGUUACUACUAUGACCGCUCUGCCUCACGCUGCAUGCACUUCUGGUAUGGUGGCUGCCAUGGGAACAGCAACAACUUUGCCUCGGAGGAGGAAUGCCAGAAGAUGUGCCUGAGAUCGGAACUAAGCCAGCGGGACCAGGCGCAUGUCUUACAGCACGGUGAACGUCGCUUCCCUGCACGUGUCCAUCUCAGUUCUAGUGGUGCGACCCACGCGCACCGGGCUCACCGGCUGGCCGCCAGUGCCGUGCAGCAGAGCAGGCCCGCUGCCAGCUGGACAGCUGUAGGUGUGAGUAUAGACAAGUCGGAUCCCUCCACGGUGGAGGGGCUGGUUGGUCAGCAGGUAGUGUUGCCCUGCAGGGUGACCCCACGGCCCUCCUCCACUGUGGUUGUGGAGUGGAGACGCGACGGUGUCCCUGUUGACCCCGCCAGGCAUCAGCAGCAGUCAGAUGGCUCUCUGUUGGUGGGGCCCAUCACACUGCAGGACUCUGGCUGGUUUCUGUGUGUGGCCACAAGAGACCGUGAGAGAGAUCACCGCUACAUUUACCUGUCUGUCUCAGGAACAUCCCAGAAUAGUGCAGGAAUAUCAGAGGUGGAUUCUUCACAAUCAAUCACAUCACAUUCAUCUUCCAGGUUCACUAUUGACUAUUCGUCUCUGGUUGAGGCUCGAGCAGGUCAGACGGCCAAACUGCAGUGCACAGUGCUGCCAGUCUCUGCCAUACAUGCGGUCACCAUUCACUGGAGCAGAGCUGGACAGCCACUCAACUCUCUCAGGCAUUCUCAGCACUCUGACGGCACACUGAUGAUUAACCAGCUGACGUCAGAUGAUUCAGGGGUUUAUACCUGCACAGUCACAGACGCCCAGAAGUUUGAAGAACGUCAAAUCCAGCUCAAGGUUUCUGGGGACCUCAGGAUCACUAAAGCCCCCACAGACGUGGAUGUGCUGCAGGGCAGCACCGCUCAACUGCCCUGUGUAGUGACAGGAGAAAACGUGAACGUUGGCUGGUCAAGGAAUGGUGUGCCAGUGCGACCGGACGGACUUCGUGUGCAUGUGUCAGCAGACGGGACGCUCAUACUAAAUAAUGUCCAGUCAGUGGAUGAGGGGACGUAUACCUGCAAUGCUUACUCGGGGACGUACUCCGUCAGUGCAGCGGCUGAAGUACGACUGGCCAAAUCCACUCAACAAGAUUUCAGCGGGGGUGAGGGCUGUGUGGAUCAGCCUGAAUUGGCGAACUGUAAGCUGAUCGUGUACGCGCGACUGUGCUCCAGCCAGUAUUACUCCAGUUUCUGCUGCUCCAGCUGUGCCAGAUAUGCCAGAGACAAAGACAGACCUAGACAAAUCAGAUGAAUCCGGCAGCUUCAUUGGUCGAUUCAGACUCACCUCAUGAUUUAACAUCAGCAUCACCGCCUCAGAUCAACACUGACCUCAGAUCUGCAGCUAGUGUCCGACUGAACUUCAGUCAAACUUCAGUCAGUAUUCCAGACUCAUUCAGAUCAGUUUAUUUAUCUUUGUGUAUUAUACCGUAUCUCUGUGUCCAUUUUAUUGUGUAACUGUUUUUAUUUUUUAAAGAAUAAAUGAAUGUUCACUUUGAUUAUUAACAGGUCAUACUGUAAACACAGAAAUAUCAGUGUCUGGAGUUAUAACGUGGAUCAGCAGGAACAAAACUGAUAUCAUACAGCUUUGAUACGAAACCCUUUUAUGUAUUUUAAAUAUGUAGAUUGUAGUGAUGCACUGAAAUUUAGGCAACCUAAAAUAUUCAGACGAAAAAUAAUUUUAUACAUGUCAGCUGUGAGGACGCUGUUCUGUUUUCAGAUGAUGCUUGAACAGAAUUUCACCAAACCUGAUUUAUUGCGCCUACCAUCUAAUCACAAUAAGCUUUGUGUUUUGUUUUGUUAAGAAACUAAGUCUCUUUCAAAUUCUGUCAAUUGUAUCAUUAAUGUGGAGUGACAGAUCACUGUAGUGCCUCAGUUCAAGCGGCACAAGAACCGAUCAUCUCUUCCUCUUUACUACUAGUUACAGCACCAAAAAAACAUGAAUGAACAUGAAAAGAUUCAGAAUAACUCACUGAAAUGAAUCUUGUCAUGUAAUCGAUCAAUCAGUGUUUCAACUGCGGAAAGACGUCAAUAAAACAACUUAAGAACAAUACGUCAUGUAACGUCACAUUUACCUCACUAAAGCCGUUCAAUGACCAUAAACCGUGACCAUUUUUAUUACAGCCACAAUUUAACAAACUUGGAGUAGGCUAUAAACACAAAAAGUUGAUAUAAAAACCUUGACAAACUGUGCAAUUUAAAUGUUUAAAUACAAUUCAGUUUAUAUGUGUGUUAAUUGUUAAAUAAAUUUGAUUAGGCUAGUUAAUUGACUGAUAAAUUAGAAUUAGAAUAAGCCUGAAUGAAAACUUUAAUUUCGGUAAAAAACUUAAUUCAAUUGCACAAAUGGUGCAUUCAAGUCAUGUGGGUAAGAUUGUAUUUAUGAAUGGAACAACAAAGUCGUAAAUACCAGUGGGAAGCUUUCUUUGAGCCCUGAUCUGUAUGAGUUGGGGGCGUGUCAGUGAGAAACAUGGCGGAAUACAACAAUACUUACUGGUAUUUAGCAGUGACAUUUUAAAAAGCUUGCUGUAUUUUUGUGUAGUUAAAGGUGCAAUAUGUAAGAACUUUGCAGUAAAAUAUCCAAAAACCA